AAUUCCAUUUGAGGUUGAUUUCUUCGUCCUACACCGUUUCGGUUGCGGUCGGAUCGCUGCCGUCAGACGCUUGCUCCAGGAGAAACUCUCACUUGUAUAAUCGAAUGAAUUGUUCCUGACAUCAACCUAUGGGUAAUUUGCUUUGCAUAAGACAUGGAGGACACUAUAUUAACCUCGGAAGCAUCUUCCAAAUCGUCAGACUUAAAUUCCAACUCUCGUAUGAUUUGCCGCGUUUGCGAGAAACAGUUUUCGCAAUAUACGUGCCCUAGAUGCAAUGUUCGGUAUUGUUCUCUGCAUUGCUACAAGUCUCAUAAUAUUCGCUGUACUGAAUCUUUUAUGAGAGAAAAUGUCAUGGAAGAACUUCAACAGGUGCGACCGAAUGAACAAAGUAAAUCGAAGAUGCUGGACAUACUUAAACGGUUCCAUGAAGAAGAGGAGACAGAUAGCAUGGAUGGUGAAGAUUCAGAUUCACCGUUGUCGGAGCAGACCAUUCAGAAAAUUCUAUCGGGAGAUCAAGUAAGUUUCGAUGAUUUAUCUAUCGAAGAAAAGAAAUAUUUUCAGAGAGCGGUGGCCUCUGGAGAGCUGAGCAAAUUGAUCAAGCCUUGGGAUCCAUGGUGGUUGAGACCUUCUGCUAAAUUUGUAUCCCUUAGCCCCGACGGAUCCCAAUUAAUCCAAUCAAUUUCAAAAGACGAGCCGGGGGAGUCCUCCAGAAACGACACAGACAGUGACCAGUUGCACAAUAUACCACCAGGACCCGAAACUCCCCUGCCACCAAUCAGCAAACUCACCACAUCCGGCCCGUCUCCAUUACUAACCAUCCACCUUGUCGACAUCCUAUUCAGCUACUGCUUCACCCUUCGUCUUUACAACGGGGACUGGCGAGCAGACCCUCUUGAGUCGGCGACAGUUGUGCUGUCUAUAUCCUCUGUUUUAGGACAAGGAGAUCAGCCAGAAACCAUAUUCGAAGCCUUGUCACAUUGCCUGGAGCAAACAUGUUCUGCACAAUUCCGGCACAUGGGUGGUUUGCAAUUUGGCUUCGGCAUUAUCGAUGAUAUAAUUCAUCUUCUCUAUCUCGGGAGAUCUGCUUUAGUGUGCUUGCUUUGUGAUAUGCAGAAAAUAGUUCAGAAUGGCGAGAGAGAGGUUAAGUCGGAGAAACUCCCCGUUUCAGAAAGGAAAGAAUUGAAGAACAAACUCAAGUCCGCUGACCGGAAGAUUUACUUCAUCAUGUGUUGGGUACACGAGCAGCCAUCCGAAGCGUGGUCCUCGUUGGCGGCUAUUGUCAAUUCGGAGAAGAUGUCUGCAACGGAAUACGUAGACAGUAAACGAAACAACGUCGCCGGGAUGAAUCCCAAAACCGAAAAGAUGGGAAAGCCUUUGAUUAAAGAGGUAUGAUGGGCUGUUGUCUUCCUCAUAAUUUUCGAAGAUGUUGUGUUUAAUAGCCUCUGGAUAAUUGUUGGAUUAGGAUUUUAGAAUCCGUAAUAUAUGCAGAAAUGAUUUUGUAGAGGUAGUAAAUACGAAUACCUUUACUUUUACAAUUUGUUAGGUUAAAUUAAAGUUGAGUCAUGAUUUUGAUUU